UAACUAAAAUUAUUAACUAGCUGGCCACGUGACUUGGUUUCAAGAUGGCGACGGAUCCAAAGGAAGACAUCAGCUUGUAUCUCAUUCCUCCUGACACUCCAGUCAAUAAACUGGACUGCACUGAAGCUUUCAAAGGACUCACAGAUAAGGAGAAGCUCUACGCUCAUCAUUUUGGUCGUGCAUGCUGGGAGGGAGGACUAAUCUGCUUGCUACAAACCUCCCCCGAGUCUCCAGGUAUAUUCCUAUUACUGGGGGAGCUGUUUAGGGGACAAUCACUGGAGGCACUUAAGGAACUAGCUAAUGGGUGUGGCCUAUCUGAAGACGAAUAUAAAUCAUUUUUAGCAUAUUCUGCUGCCUUCUACUCCAAUUUUGGUAAUUAUAAAAGUUUCGGUGAUACCAAAUUCAUCCCUGAUCUUCCUCGAGAGAAGCUGGAGAAACUCAUCACCUCCAGUCAGUGUUACUGUGACAACAAGGAGAGGAUCUCGUUCCUCUGGUCCUCAGUGGCGGAUGGGAUGUUCUCACUCCACCCACCUACUGUACGACAGUUAGCGUUCCCUCCUGAUGGUAUAACAACUUACUAUUCUGGUAACUGUGGUAAAGAAGAUGCUGAAAUCAUAAAAGAAUUUAUGUUGAAUAAAGAUUUGAGCCCAUACAAUACAAGAUUGUUCAAGAAUGAAGAUGGGACCUAUGAAUUAAGAUUAGCAUCAUCUCUUACUAAUGAUACUCCUCCUAGUCCAAAUGAUAAAGUAUCAUCAUUACUUGGACCCCAUCAGUUUCCUUCCCCUAGAACCAGCUCUAGUGUCUCCAUUAAGAUAUCAAGAGGAGACUAUCAUACACUAAUGAAGAGGAUGACUGAUGAACUGGAGGCAGCUGCUCAUCACGUUGCUAACAGGAACCAGAAGGAUAUGAUUGAUAGAUAUGUGUCUAGUUUUAGUAGAGGGUCAGUACCUGAUCAUGAAGAUGCAUCUCGUUAUUGGAUUAAAGAUAAAGGACCAGUUGUUGAAACGUAUAUUGGAUUCAUUGAGAGUUAUCGUGAUCCAUUUGGAUUAAGAGGAGAAUAUGAAGGUAUAGAUAAGAGGGUUACAUUCCUUACAACAGAGGAUCAGGGUGUUUUUACUGAUUUGAGAGGUAAAGCAUUUGAAGUGCAGGUUGGAUUGCAUGAACUAUUAGGACACGGAUCAGGGAAACUGUUCAGUAAGGAUAAGAAUGGAGUCUUUAACUUUGAACAAGAUAAAGUUAUUAAUCCUUUGACUGGAGAUAAAAUAAGGAGUUGGUAUAAUCCAGGAGAGACAUGGGAUACACAGUUUAGUACAAUAGCAUCAACUUAUGAAGAAUGCAGAGCAGAAUGUGUUGGUAUAUACCUCUCCACUGACAGGAAUAUAUUGCGUAUAUUUGGUUAUGAAGGAGCUGAAGCUGAAGACAUAAUGUAUGUGAAUUGGUUGAGCAUGUUGAGGGCAGGACUUAUAGCAUUAGAGUUUUAUACACCUGAAACAAAGAAAUGGAGACAAGCUCACAUGCAGGCUCGUUAUGUUAUAUCAGACGUUAGCUCAGGACAGUUAUUGUAUAAUAAAUAUUCAACUGUUACUGAUGAUCAUUUGAUGUUAAGAGAUAUUGUAAUGGCUAGGAAGAUGCCUAGAAGGUUAUUUGUACAGCCACACACUUCAAUUGAUACUGAUGGUUCUGUUGUUCUUAAUGAGUUUGAUAGUUCAUUUGAGGGAAUCAUUUCCUCAUUUUUAGCAAGAUAUCCUAACUAUGAUACUGAACUGGAGUCUCUUUGGAGAAAUGAUCAACAUUAUUGGAAACAAAAAUAGACACAAUACAUAAUACAUUUGAUACAAAAUUAAAGAACUAGAAAAUUACUUGUGUGCCAUGCAUAUAUAGUAUAAUAAUUAUAGUGAUUAAUUGUCACAUUGUGUGUUGCCAUGUGCAUGCCACAGUAUUCAAUUUGUGCAGUAAAG